CACCUGUCUAGAAAUGUUAGCGUUGUUAGGUUGUUUUCAUGAGAGCUGUGUGAUUUUUGUGUCACAUUUCACAUAGAUCCAUUUUUAUUACUAAUUGUUUGCAAUUUGCAAUGCAUACUAUACGAAGAAAACGUUAAAAAUAAUAAUUAAAAUCUGAAUAUGUGACAGCUACUUACAUACAUCAUCAUCGAAAAUUGAGUGAGAGAGUUGCGUGAAUCAGAAAUCAGAAAAAAAAGCAACUCAUGGGUUGGGCAAUAGCUUUACACGGCGGCGCCGGCGACAUACCAUAUUCACUUCCACUGGAACGCCGUCAACCACGCGAAGAAGCUCUCCGUCACUGCCUCCAAAUCGGUGUCAAAGCUCUCAAAUCCAACAUGGCACCUCUAGACGUCGUUGAGCUUGUUGUUCGUGAGUUGGAGAAUAUUCCACACUUCAACGCUGGAAGAGGUUCUGUUCUUACCAACAAAGGCACGGUUGAAAUGGAAGCUUCUAUUAUGGAUGGAAACACUAUGAAAUGUGGUGCUGUUUCUGGUCUUACUACUGUCGUUAAUGCUGUUUCUUUGGCUCGUUUGGUUAUGGACAAUACGCCUCAUAUUUAUUUGGCUUUUGAUGGAGCUGAGGAUUUUGCAAGACAACAAGGGGUUGAGACUCUACAUACAAGCCAUUUCAUUACUCCAGAAAAUAUUGAAAGGCUAAAUCAGGCAAAAGAAGCAAAUAGGGUCCAGAUUGAUUAUACCCAACCAAUCCAAAAUGAUACUACCAAGGGUGAACCAGAAAUACCAUUUGCUAAUGGUGAUAGUCAACUCGGAACUGUUGGAUGUGUAGCUGUUGAUGGUAAUGGAAAUCUAGCUUCUGCAACAUCAACCGGUGGAUUAGUGAACAAAAUGGUUGGUCGAAUUGGCGACACGCCACUCAUAGGUGCUGGAACAUAUGCCAAUGAAUUAUGUGCAGUUUCUGCAACAGGAAAAGGCGAAGCAGUAAUACGCGGGACAGUAGCAAGAGAUGUGGCUGCGAUGAUGGAAUUCAAAGGUCUUUCUCUAAAGGAAGCUGCUGAUUGUGUUGUACAUGAGCGCACACCAAAGGGUACAGUUGGUUUGGUUGCUGUGUCUGCUGCUGGAGAAGUUGCAAUGCCUUAUAAUACAACAGGAAUGUUUAGAGCUUGUGCUGCUGAAGAUGGGUACUCUGAGGUUGCAAUUUGGCCGGAUACUAAAAUUGAGUGAUGUUUAGACCUUUAUGAUUUCCAAACUUAAUUUAUGUUGAUGAUUCAUGUAUGGUUAUAUCAUAAGGAAAUCUAUUUGAUUGGCGAGGUACAUAUUGUUGUUUGGUUCCCGCGCAUAGUCUUCUUUA